AUGGCAAAGUCCAUGUUUCGCUGUGGCCAGGAAACCCAAAUUACCUGUCGGAUCGAAAAGAAUGAGUUGGACAUUGGGUUUGCACAGCAUUAUGUUGAAUGCACCGUCUGUGACUCCAACGCUCAGUUUCAUUGUAACACCUGUAAAGUUAACCUCUGUGAAGAAUGUGAAAAUCAACAUCAGAGAAACCUACAUGACGUAGUCCCAUACAGCCAGCGGGAGAAAUCAAAAUCAAAACAGGAGCGUUGCAGAGAUCAUCCUGACAAAAUGUAUGAAGCCUGUUGUGAAUAUUGUGAGAUGAUGCCUGUAUGCAUGAAGUGCGUGAAGGACCUCCAUAUUGGCCAUCAGUUAACAGACAUAGAAGAUGCUUUCAAAUCCAAACUGAAAGAAUUUAUGGAUCUGGUCAAUCAAGUAAGAGAAGUAACUCUCACAGAAAGUUCAGAUUUAUUAACAAAAAUUAAACAAAAUAAAACAAUAUGCAUAGAUGAGAUUUCAACCAUACGAUCCGAUUUGAAUUCCACAGCAGAGGAUAUCAAACGCCUUGUUGACGUGAUACUUAAUGAGAAAAAUGAAAUUUUGACGGACAUUGAAGAAUCCUUGAUGCUUGAGUUGCAUAAUGAAGAAAAGAAAAUAACGGAUUUCAUUUCUAAAGUAGAGAGCGUUCUUGAGGAAAAUGAAGCCAUAAGAUCAACUGAAAUGCAAGCAGAAUUCAUAAUGACGCAAAAUGAAAGAAUUGAGGCCAUAAACAGACUCAUGGAUAUUCCAGAGAUAUCAGAGGUUUCUGUUCCAAUAUUUCAACCAGGUACUUUCGGAAAAGAAGACAUUGAAGAGUUAUUUGGGGAUAUAAAUGAGCAAGUUGAAGAUGGAAGGCCUCCGAUUCCACCAAGGCCUCCGACUCCACCAAGGCCUCGGAGUCCACCAAGUCCUCCGACUUCAGCAAUGUCCACUUUGACUAUAGGUGAUAUACUUUUUCGUCGCAGCGAGAAAAAGACAAAGUCUGUGAAUGAAAAAGGAUUAACGGAAUUUGACUCAGGGGGAAUAACUCUCAUUGAUUAUAGGGAUUAUAGGCGGAUCUAUGGAUUUUGUAAUAUGGGAAAUUAA